UACCCUUCAUUCUUUCCUAUAAAUAAGCCUACUUACACGUUCCUCCACUCACAGCCAAACAACUCAAUAUACAGAAACAUUAGUACAAACACUGUGAACGCAUUCGGAGUCCUCCUCCUCCUCCAUUGGAUUCGCCUCCGGCGUAUCCACGUUCGAACUUAGCGAUGGACAUGAGCAGGAGAUCUACCAACAAGACGAUGGCGCCGGUUAAGCCAAUGAAAAUGGGAGGAGUUGUGUACGACAGGAAGGAACCCAAGGCCUCUGACGCUCUGCCACUCCCACUGUACAUCACCAAUGCUGUCUUUUUCACCCUCUUCUUCUCGGUGGUUUACUUCUUGCUCACCCGGUGGCGCGAGAAGAUCCGCAACUCCACCCCUCUCCACAUCGUCGACCUUUCCGAGAUCGUCGCUAUCGUUGCCUUCUUCGCCUCAUUCAUCUACCUCCUCGGAUUCUUCGGCAUCGAUUUCGUCCAGUCCAUUCUUCGUCCUUCCGCCGAUGUUUGGGCUGCCGAAGAUGAUGACGCCUCCGUCACCGCUGACGCCAUCGCCCAAAAACAUGAUGAGGAGGCCAUUCUGAAGGAGGACGCUUGCAAAGUCCCUUGCGGUGCUGCACUCGUCGAUUCCCCGCCUCCCCAAGUCGCGCAGGUGGUGCCACCCCCGACCGAAGAGGACGAGGAGAUUAUAAAGUUGGUGGUGGAGGGAAAGAUGCCGUCGUACUCUCUCGAAUCGAAGCUGGGCGAUUGCAAGAGGGCGGCGUCGAUCCGGCGCGAGGCGCUGCAGAGGACCACGGGCAAGUCGCUGGCUGGGCUCCCACUAGAAAACUUUGACUACGAGUCCAUCUUAGGUCAGUGCUGCGAGAUGCCUGUUGGCUACGUUCAGAUUCCGGUGGGGAUUGCUGGGCCGCUUUUGCUGGAUGGGAGGGAGUAUAUGGUGCCCAUGGCCACCACCGAGGGUACCUUGAUAGCCAGCACCAACAGGGGUUGCAAGGCCAUCAAGUUGUCCGGUGGGGCAUCCAGCGUGCUGUUAAGGGAUGGGAUGAGCAGGGCUCCUGUUGUCAGGUUUGCCACCGCCCAAAGAGCUGCCCAGUUGAAGUUCUUCUUGGAGGACCCAGUAAACUACGAGACCUUGUCCAUGGUCUUCAACAGGUCCAGCAGAUUCGGAAGGCUCCAGAGCAUCAAAUGUGCAAUUGCCGGGAAGAACCUCUACAUGAGAUUCUCUUGCAGCACGGGCGACGCCAUGGGGAUGAACAUGAUCUCCAAAGGUGUCCAGAACGUCUUGGAUUUCCUCCAGAACGAUUUCCCCGACAUGGAUGUUAUUGGCAUUUCUGGCAACUUCUGUUCGGACAAGAAGCCUGCUGCAGUGAACUGGAUCGAGGGGCGGGGCAAGUCGGUGGUUUGUGAGGCUAUCAUAAGUGGUGAUGUGGUAAGGAAGGUCCUCAAAACCAAUGUGGAAGCGUUGGUGGAGCUCAACAUGCUCAAGAACCUUGCUGGUUCAGCUAUGGCUGGAGCUCUGGGAGGUUUCAAUGCUCAUGCCAGUAACAUCGUCUCCGCCGUCUACAUAGCCACCGGCCAAGACCCCGCACAGAAUGUUGAGAGUUCUCACUGUAUCACCAUGUUGGAAGCUGUCAAUGAUGGAAAGGAUCUUCACGUCUCCGUCACCAUGCCUUCUAUUGAGGUCGGUACAGUUGGAGGGGGUACUCAGCUUGCUUCUCAGUCAGCUUGCUUGAACCUGCUUGGGGUGAAGGGUGCAAACAGAGAGGCAGCAGGAUCGAAUGCAAGGCUGCUGGCCACCAUCGUAGCUGGUUCUGUUCUUGCUGGCGAGCUCUCCCUCAUGUCUGCUCUGGCAGCUGGACAGCUUGUUAAGAGCCACAUGAAGUACAAUAGGUCGAGCAAAGACGUUUCCAAGAUCUCGGAACGGAAGUAAGAAUAUACCCCCAUACUUGAGGAAGUUCAAGCCCCAUAAAUCAAGUUAACUUGCAAAAUUAGCAUUGACGCAGAUCAACUGUCAAUUUGGCAUGGACACAGAUGUUUGGGAAAAUUUGAGCAACAUAAAAAUACAAGGCAGACUCAUAGAGGAAAACAGUUCGUUUGUAUUCGUUCUUCUUCUUCUUUUUUAUUAUUAAUAUCAUACGCCCUCCCCUCUUCUU